AUGGUCAGUUCUAUUUGUAAGCUCCGAGAGAUUCCUCUUGAUAACUUAUCGUACAAAGAUUUCAAAAACAAAAAUUCAAAAAUGGUUUCGAGAACUUUGAUUUUCUUGGCCGCUGUUGUGGGUUUUUCUAGUGCUGCUACCUGGCUAGGAAAGUUACCUCCAAAACCAUUGCAUUUAGCCCACAAGCACGGCUGCUACGUGAAGGAGGUGGAAGAUGUGAUACCUUUUGGAGAAUCCAUCUCACCCAUUGGCAGUUGCGUUAGAAUCGAUUGCGGCAGAUCUAUGAUUUACUAUGCCUCAUGUGGGGUUGCGGCAGUCGAAGGCUCCGAUUGUUACUUAACCGAAGAAAACACCAGUAGACCAUAUCCUGAAUGUUGCCCACAAAUCAAAUGCGUAGAAGAAAACAAACUAUGAACAAUGAUGAGACUAAAAACGUCCGGAUUUGCCGCUGUAACUGGUUAAUUUAUUCGACUGAGAAAAGAAAGACUUAAAAAACAAGCUUGGAUCUUUAAUUUAUUACUUCUAAAAGUUUGGCUGAAUAUUUAAGACAUGGUCACAAAUUCAUCGAUACGAAACGUUAAAUAAAUUAACGCAACCUUUAAAAAAAUCUUUUCCACAAACUUAGGAAUAAAAAUAUUAAGAAAGAAGAAAUAUAUCUCGCAGCAUCACAAACUUUACAUUAAGGUUGUUUUAAAAGCACGAGUGUUGUUAGAAGAGUUGUUAGAUGUCUUGAAUGUGUUUAUAAAAUCGUAAUGUUAAAUUUUAGUUAUCAUACCUAGUUUAGUUCUACUGUGUGAUAGAUAAGUUAGUAAUUUAAUGUAUAGACGUGUGUGAACGUAAUCGGUUGAGCUCAUGGUCAAUGUUUGUGCCAAGAGCAGUCAAGGAUCAGUCAGUGGUAACAAUUUGCCAUAUAAAAAGCACUUUUAAUAGUUAUAAGAGUAAUAUAUGAGAGUCCUUGUAUGUCGACUGACACGACCUUGACUGCACUAUAACGACGUUAUCACCUGUGACCGCGUUUGUAAACGAUUUCCGUCAAUCUCUUGCUGUUACUUAUAAGUGCCUGAAUCGAGAAAGGAUACCGAAUGGAAUGAAACCAAUCGGAAAAUGUUACUUCUCUAAUUUUAACACACUACGAAGUAUUGUCAAUACAUGGAAACAUAUUGAAGAUUAAUGAAAAAAUGUUAAAGGACCUGUUUAUAUGUGAUAACGCCUUAACACAAAUUACUUGUUAUAUGUAUGUGUAAGAGAAGCCCUGACGUAUAUUGUAUUUGUAAUUUGACGAAUGUGAAUUUCCAAAUAUUAUACUGUCUUUAAUUUACUGAUAGUAAUCGAAUAAAGCAAAAAAAAACAAAAACAAAAACAAAAAUUUGCCUGAAAACUUCGCAAUUAUCUUAGUGAGCCUUUUAGAGACACAAAUCAAAAUGUUCAGUGAAAUCCCUAAAUACUGUUUCUUUCUUAUCACUCGAUUUAAAAUGUAGUUUAGGUUUUCCAUGUAUCUUGCUUAAAGGGCCUUAUUUUACGCGAUGCUUCAUACAUUGUCCUAAUGAGGCUAGCCGAAGUAAAAUAGUUAAGACGAAAUACUGUCACAACAUGUUUGAUAGAGUUCCUUUUUUGAGAGUUGGCAUUGAGGGAUGUAAGUUUUUCGACGCCAACUUUAGAAGCUAUCUUGCCACCAAAUUAUUGUAUUUAUUUAUUGAAUUUAUUUAAUUAAAAGAAUUUGGAAUGAAA